AUGUCUAAGCCAUCUUUAGUCAGCCUCCCGAGGGAGCUUCUCCGCAAGAUAUGUUGCGAGCUACUAUGCGCAGCAGCUCUAGAAUUUGUCCUUGUCAACCGCCUAGUCUACCAGAUCUGCGAUGAUUGGACUGUGUGGCAGGUACUCGUUAAGAAGAACUUCUACCACGUUGAGACUGCUAUCGAAGGCAAGAGCGAUAUUUGGAAACGAUACACGGUUGCUGCAGCGAAGGCCACUACUCUUUCCAAUUGGAGUACCCAGGACCUCGAAAUGUGGCUACCGCAAGUCGCUGCGUCCCGUCACCCCGCAAUUCUAAGUAAAGACGCAUCGGCGUUGAUUCGACUUUAUAACUCCGUAUUUAACAGUUCCGUCGAUGCGUAUCAGGACAUGAACUUGCUCUCGCUGUCUAGCGAGAGGGUGUAUGCAAAUACUCAAGCGGAUUGGUGUAGAGCACAAGCUGCUGCUUUCACUCUUACUAUACGAUAUGUCUCGACUCCAGCACCUCCAGACUGCAUCGAAGAUUCGCUAGAGUCGGUGUCAUGGCUCCCGAUCGAUGUCUCUCACAAUACACAGCUCUCCCCAGCUGAACAAGAUAAGCACGUCACAAUCCGCCAUGCUCUCGCCAACAGAGCGGUUGGAAUUAUCUGCGCACGCCUCCGAAUUCGCUUUGCUGCCAUGGAAAGCACUGACGGUUUCCACGAACCUCCAUCAGCCCUGUCAAUACCACUCUUGUCUAUGGUGACUGUACCCCGACCUUUCACGCACAACAGCUUAGAGGCUUUCAGUAGGUGCCAUCUAGGCGUCAUGACCAGCCCAGAGUUCUUCACACAUUGCACAUGGACUGGCUGUCACGGCAUAAUGAAUUCACCAUCCAGGUCAUUUGCCGCAAUAGGCGGUCCCCAUCAAGAUGGAUUUCCACACGAGGGCGGACCAGAUCCCAUGGGUUAUUUCCCUUACGGCCGUUCUUUUGAGAGCCUUGUGCGGUUUGAAAUGGUCGAGGCAGACGAAGCAAGACUUGUACUGCGAUCCAACAACUUCCACUCAGAGGCGGGUCUUCACAAAAUAUUCUUGGAUGUUGAGAGGAGCACUGGUCAAAUUGCUGUGCAGUACUGGCAUCCCGCAAAAGUGGAUCUGAUACCGAUGGAUGGUAUUAUUACACCUUUUGGAAUCAUGAUCAAUUAUAAUAGCCCGGGUUUGUGGUUGUGGUUGUGGAAGACGGAUUGGUCUGAGCAAGCUCGAUGA